AUGUUUACUCACGUGUUUAAGUCUGAAUCAUCACUUGGGCUUUGGUGGUUAGAAAAAACGGGGAAGCGUACUAUUUGGAUCAACAAACAUCGCCCGAGAAUGGCGGCACCGGCCUGUUGUUGUAUGUUUUCCAACAAUGUACGCCAUUUAAUUCUUCUGUUGACCACGUUUUGUAUCACUCUACUUUUCUCCAACGUGGUUUUGUUUGGAUUGACAACGGUUUUACACGAUGAAGGCGACCUGAGUGCCGGUCUCAGGACGGCUGAUUCGACUGCCAACUUUCACGCACGUUUUAGGCGAGAUGCAAAUAAGACAACCACAGAAGAUACAGCUUUUAUGAACAACGAUACCCUUGUUGACGCGAUUGCGGCACCAGGAGUUGAUCCUUCGGCUCAUCCAGUUGUUUCACACGAAAUCUCGGAGCAACCGACGCCUUCUGCGACCCUAACAACAAAGGUACAAGCUGAAUUCUUCACAAAUCGAAUGAUCACAACAAACACCGAAACACCAACGAUUCGACCAGUAAGGCGAAGCACUUCCAUCGAUGUGAAACCUACUGAACAAGUCGCCAAAGUCAAUAAUACAAGUCUUGUUCCAGAUGAUAAAGAUUUGGUGCGCCGAGAAGAUCCCAUUGGAAAAGAUCACGAGGACGUUGGAAAAACACCUGCUGAUGCCGUUCCUCAAACUGCUGAGUUUCAAUUUGUUCCACUAACGAAGCGAGCGUCCAUUUACGCAGCACCAGGACUCGGCAUUUUAUUGGGAACUAUUCCGAUUACGUACUUGAUGCGAGCAUUUGGAAGCAGAACGAUUUUUGCACUUUCGAUGGCGUUAGCUGCUUUGAUCACAACGUUGAUGCCAUUUCUCAUCUCUUACGGUUUUGUGCCACUUCUACUGUUGCGUUUAUUCAUUGGAUUGACACUUUCGGCAGCUCUGCCAUUGGCUGGCACAAUCACGGCUAAUUGGGGAACACUCAAAGAGCAGCUCACCUUUGUUGCUUUCUUUUUCCUCUUUGUUCCGUGGGCUCCGAUCUUUUCUUGGAACACGACGAUGCUCUUCUACACUUUGUAUGCGCAAAUGGGAGUCAGAUAUGCUUAUUUCACACAUGCGGCAAUCACUGCAUUCUUGGCAUUGAUUUUUGUGCUCUUUUAUCGCGAGAAACCACAAUUUCAUCCAUGGGUGAAUGGAAUUGAAUUAAAUCGAAUUGUUGCUGGAAAAGUUCAGGAAUUGAAGAACAAUCGCAUCAACGAGUCUCCUUUAUCGGCCGUGCUGCGUUCAAUUUCCGCAUGGACCAUUUGGACGGCAAUGACUGGUUUUUUCUUUGUGAUUACCGUGAUUAGCACAUUCUUGCCGACUUAUUUCGCAAAUAUGGACGUUUGGAUGGUGGAUUCAAUGGGCUUUUAUGGAUCGCUACCUUUCAUUGGAAUGCCACUUUGUUAUAUAUUGUCAGGCGCUGGAAACCGAUCAAUUUGCUGUCGUUCUACAACACAGGUUCGUAUCUGGAACACGAUCUCAUUUGGUACAACAGCCAUCUUUCUUGUUUUUUUACCUCUUCUAUUCACAAUGACUGAAGAUGGAUAUUGCCGAUAUGCGAUGCUUUUCCUCACUUUGGCUCCUCUCGGAUUCGUUGUUGCCGGUGCCUUGCGAAGCGUGACUCUUGUUGGACGAUUUUACGCACAACACAUUCUUUCCUACUUGGGGAUUGCUUUUGGAUUGGCGAUGACGUUCGCACCGAUUAUGGUUUUGUGUCUCGUUCGUGAAAAUGCGGUCGCUGAAUGGUUGCGUGUUUUCAUUGCAACAGCCGCUUUUCUUGCAGUAACUUCUGUCUCCUUCGCCAUCUUUGGACGUGGACGCAGUGCCGGAUGGGCUGAGCACAGUUGGGAUCCGUCGCAAACCAAGAAAAUGCUCAGCCUCGAGCCGAUUCAAAUUAAUCGUGAAGAAUGUGGAUUGGUUGAGUUGCGAAACUACAAACCGAGUGCCAACUUUUAUGGAGAA